CCGCGCAGCGCGGCCCAAUCCAUCUGCCCACUCCCCUCCAUCGCCCAAGCCCUAACGCACGGCGUCUCAGCUUCGCAGUCCGCCGCCGCCCCGGCCGCCGGACGCGCACACCCCGCGGCGCCGCUUCAUCAAGCUCCUCCGUGCCCGUCGUCCCGGCGGCUCUCCGACGAAACAACCGGGGCGCGCACGCCACGCACGGCUCGGCACCGAUGACGAGGACCAGCGGCGCGAACGGCGGCGGCGGCGGCGGGCAGUCGGGGAAGCUCCCGCGGAAGCGCUUCUACCGCGCGCGCGCGCACAGCAACCCGCUCAGCGACUCGCACUUCCCGAUCCCGAUAUCGCCCGACGACUUCGACCUCUCGCAGCACUACCCGCGCUACUACCCGGCCGACAAGGGCGAGCGCGGCGACGACGAGGAGGUGGAGGCGCCCCUGAUCCGCUUUGCGGACGUCGGGUGCGGGUUUGGUGGGUUGCUUGUCGGGCUCUCGCCGCUCUUCCCCGACAAGCUCAUGAUCGGCAUGGAGCUGAGGGACAAGGUGACUGAGUAUGUGAAAGAGAGGGUUCUGGCUUUAAGAGCAUCAAAUCCAGGACAGUAUGACAACAUAUCCGUCGUGCGCACCAAUUCAAUGAAAUACAUUCCCAACUACUUCAGGAAGGCUCAGCUCUCCAAGAUGUUCUUCCUGUUCCCUGACCCUCACUUCAAGGAGAAGAACCACCGGAGGAGGGUGAUUAGCAUGCAGUUGCUCGACGAGUACGCUUUUGUGAUGGGAGUCGGAGGAAUCAUAUAUACUAUCACCGAUGUUGAGGAGCUUGGUGUAUGGAUGCGGUCGUGUCUGGAGAAACACCCGCUCUUUGAAGCUGUUCCAGAGGAAGAGAUAGAAGUCGAUCCAGUUGUCAAGUUACUGUCUACUGCCACUGAAGAAGGCCAGAAGGUCGCGAGGAACGGAGGGCAAACUUUCCAGGCCAUCUUCAGGCGCAUCUCUUUGCAAGAGGAAUAAGCAUUUUGGGGAGUUAGUAGCUCAUAGCACUAGUGCACUUUCCGAGAAUGUGCUAGAUCGAUCUGUGUCAUUUCUAUGCAUUUUUGUUAGUAGGAUUUCAGUAUUCUGUAGUUUUACCUUUGUUCUGGUGACCAAAAUGUGUGGCUCUACCCUAGUUCACAAAAAGAAGAAAAACAGGAACAUUGCUUUGACUUCAAGCUCACCGAGAGUUUGCAUUAUGUCAAAACUCUAAUGUUGUGUAGUAUUUUGCAUUUUUUGGAAAAUUAUAUUUCUGUCUGGAAA